AUGGCCUCCGCACGCCCGCCCGUGCCCUCCCUGGGGCUCCUCCGCUUCCUGCGCUCCCAGUCCGAGAACAUGAGCUUCUUCAGCCCAAACCACGUACAGCCGCCGUGCCGAGCCCUUUGCGCUGCCAAAAGACAACUACCCAUCGCCUCUUGUAGGCGCACUCCCGGCCAUGGCACUCAGCUGCAGUCUGGCAUGAUCGACUUCGGGUCCUUCUUUUCGAAACGCCCCUCGGGUUCCGCCAGGUCUCUGCGGAGCAAGCAACUAGCCUCCAUUCCCUCGGCCCUCGGCGCUCGAUGCGCAUCUACCGACUCGCCAUGCACGCCUACGUGGCAGGAGAGGCUCUGGGGCGCGCGGCCCAGGAAGGGGCCCAAGGAGCUGAAGCCAGAUGAUCUUCCCGAGUCCGACGAAGAUCACGACAACAACUCCAUGUUCAACACCAGGAGGCAGCGGGCCCAGCAGGCUGCGCUGGAACCCCGGCUGCGCUGCACCGAGGUCGACGAGAGCGGCAACGCUGUCCUGGUAGACGGCGAGUUCAAGAAGACUGAGCUCAUUGCCAGGUUUGGACUGUUGCCUCGAGACUUGCGCAAGAUCGAUUCGUCCAAUCUUCCACACAUCCUCGUUCGCGAGAGAGCUAUCCUGCUGAACCUGCUCCACCUGAGGGUCCUCAUAAACCACCACCGGGUUCUCCUCUUCGACGUCUACGGCUCGCGGAGUUCGCACGCGCAAUCGUCCUUCAUGUACGAGCUGCAACACAAGCUGAAGCAAAAGAUUCCUGCGGCAAACGGGGGUCUCCCCUACGAGUUCCGUGCCCUUGAAGUCGUCCUCCAGUCGGUGACACAAGAGCUCGAAGCUGAUUUCGAAACUGUCCGCGCACCAGUCCUUCGCAUCCUGAGCGAGCUGGAGGACGACAUCGACCGGCACAAGCUGCGAGUCCUGCUCGUCUUGUUCAAGAGAGUUAGCACCUUUGAGCAGAAGGCCAGGCUGGUGCGCGAUGCCAUUGAAGACCUGCUCGAGGCCGACGAUGACUUGGCUGCCAUGUACCUGACCGAGAAAACCCACGAUCUUCACCGUGCCCUGGACGACCAUACCGAGGUUGAGUUGCUCCUGGAAUCCUACCAAAAGUUCUGCGACGAAAUCGUCGAGGAAGCCGGCAACUUAUUGUCCGGUAUUCGAAGUACCGAGGAAAUCAUUCGCGCGAUCCUGGACGCGAAUCGAAACGCGCUUAUGCUGCUUGAUUUAAAGUUUAGUGUCGGAACACUGGGCCUGGCCAUGGGGACAUUCAUUGCUGGUCUUUACGGAAUGAACUUGGAGAAUUUCAUCGAGGAGACGAACUGGGGCAUGGGCGCUGUCACUGGCGUUUCAAUCAUCAUGUCCAUCUGGGUCUGCCUCUACGGCCUGAAGAAGCUGCACAGAGUCCAGCGGGUCAAGAUGCAGGGCACUGACCGCCGCAGUCUGGAGUCGGGAUAUCACUGGUUCCAGGACGAGGGCCACGCCGGCCUGCUCGACCCGCGGAACCGGGAGCAACUGCGACGCAUCAAUAUGAUGAAGGCGAACCAGGUCGCGCCCAAGAAGAGUCGGUGGUGGUGGCCCUGA